CGAUGGGCAGCCAGUGUGCAUUUGGCAGUGGCAGGGGAAGGUCACGCCGCUCUCAGUGCUUCCUUGGUACUGCGCUGGUGCUAGUGUCCAGUGUCACGCCGAGAGUGCCACACCACCCACUGGAUUACACCUCCCCAGGUCACUCCCCGAGGACUUAGACAAGAUAUUCAGUGCCUCAUUUGAUUUAAGAUGCUAAGUCGCAGCUGAUUCAAGAACAGCGGCGGUGCAAGAGAGAGAGAGGGACCUGGGGGACACCAUACAAGGCUUUGUCACACCCACUCACACACCCCCGUAUGACCACGUGAUCCUGCCACCACCACACCACCACCACCACCACUGCCACCACCAUCCAGCCAGCGUGGGGCGGCGCGGGUAGCUCACUUCACCCGCCAAGAUGAGAUUGCUGCAUGGCCUCUGUCUCUGCCUGCUCGCGGCCGUGCUUCUGUGCCCAGAGGUGACCAGGGCGCAGGAUAAUGAAGGGGAGAUACAAGGAGACGAGGGGCUUGAGGCAGGACGAGGGGCGCGGCGGCCAGGUGUGAGGGGCAGAACGAAGGUUUUCCGCACCUCCUCCUCCAGUACUCGCGUCAUUAGGCCAGGGGUGGAGGGCAGCGGCAGCAGCAGCGUGGUGUAUGGCUCCUCUUACGUCCCCUCUACGGAGCGGCGCAACAGGGGCCGCGGCAGGGGGAGGGGCAGGAACAGACAGUCAUCGUCCUCGUCCUCGUCGUCCUUCCAAACAUCCUCCAUAAGCUCCUCGUCCUCCUCCGCGGCGGGGCGCGACGGCGUGGUGCGCGAGACAGUGACACGGACCUCUUACGGUAGUCCCGGGUCUGGCGUGCGCAAUGACUCCUACUCCUACACCAACACCUAUCCCGCCUCCUCCUCCUCCUCCUCCUCCUCCGGGCGGUCUCCCCCUCUCGUGGAAGAGUCGUACUUCAACCGUGGCGGGCAGACUGAGGACAGACAGGAUUACUUCCGCUGGAAUGGCAGAGGCGGCAGCGGCAGUGAUCGAGGCGUGAGCGGCGCGUCGUCCUCCGUGUCUCGCCGCGUCAAGACCACCAAGACCACCACCACCACCACCCAGACGCGGCCCGGCACCACCACUCGCUUCACCUACACGCUGCCUGGAGUCACGGGCGGCACCACCAUCAGGAACACCACCACGUACACCUACACGUCCUCCUCGGGGCGUGGCGGUGCUGGCAGUCGUGGGGGUGUCAGCGGCGGCACGCAGACCACCGAGAGCCGCCACCAGACCAUCAGGGACCGGUAUGGGAGCCGCGGCCAGACUGCUACGGGGGAAGGCUUCGGGGAGACCUACAGGAAGAACACGGAGGAGGCAGUGGAGACGGAGGAGUACGAGGAGGAGGGAUACAGCGAGGAGUUUGCCCGCGGCCCUUACAUCUCAGAGCAGGACCGCCUUCACUCUCUCGUGCAACGGGGGUUCGGGGCCGCGCCAGGAUAUGGCCGGGAGACGCACCCCUGUGACCAGAGCUCUUGUUAUCCAGCCACUGGUAACCUGCUCAUUGGGCGAGAGAGCAGCUUGGCUGCCACCUCCACCUGUGGGCUGAACAGGAGGGAGCGAUACUGCAUUGUGUCCCAUCUAAAGGACCGCAAGAAGUGCUUCUGGUGUGACUCCCGCCCCCAGUGGGAUGGCAACCCUCGCUACUCCCAUAAGAUCUCCAACAUUGUGUACAGGUUUGACCCAAGGACAAGGCAGCGGUCAUGGUGGCAGAGUGAGAAUGGACUGGAGAUGGCGAGUAUCCAGCUGGACUUGGAGGCUGAGUUCCACUUCACUCAUCUCAUCCUCACCUUCCGCACCUUCCGUCCCGCUGCCAUGCUCAUCGAGAGGUCCUUCGACUUUGGCAAGACUUGGAAGGUGUAUCGCUACUUUGCCUAUGACUGCAAUGACGCCUUCCCAGGAGUGAAGAAAGGAGUGCCCACCUCCAUUAAUGACGUGGUGUGUGAGUCUCGUUACUCUGCUGUCGAGCCUUCCACUGAGGGAGAGGUCAUCUUCCGAGUCCUGCCGCCCAACAUCCACAUUGACAACCCAUACAGUGAUGAGGUCCAGAACUUGCUCAAGAUCACCAACCUCAGAGUUAACUUCACCAAGCUGCACACCCUCGGAGACCAGCUUCUUGACAGCCGGCUGGGAAUCAAGGAGAAAUACUACUAUGCCAUCUAUGAUAUGGUGGUGAGAGGCUCCUGCUCCUGCUACGGCCACGCCUCCCGCUGCCUCCCACUGCCCGGCGUGGAGGACAAGCCCGGCAUGGUGCACGGCCGCUGCGAGUGCACACACAACACCAAGGGACUCAACUGUGAGCACUGUGAGGACUUCUACAAUGACUUGCCCUGGAGACCAGCCGUCGGCAAGGAGUCCAAUGCUUGCAAGAGGUGCAACUGCAACAACCACGCGGCAAUGUGCCACUUUGACCCGCAAGUGUAUGAGGCGACUGGCUUUGUGUCCGGUGGCGUGUGUGAUGACUGUGCCCACAACACUCAGGGCAGGAACUGUGAGGAGUGCAUCCCUUACUACUAUCAGGACCCAGACAGGGAGCUGUAUGAUUCUGAGAUCUGCCAGCCAUGUAACUGUGAUUCCCGAGGCUCAGUGGACAACGCCAUCUGUGACUCCCGGUCAGACCCUGUAGCUGGGCUGCUGGCAGGUCGCUGCCACUGCAAGACCAACGUGGAUGGCCUCAAGUGUGACCGCUGCAAGGCUGGCUACUGGAACUUCUCCUCAGAAAAUCCUGAAGGGUGCCAGGAGAUGACCGAGGAUUAUUUAAGUCAACCCAGAUCUGAGUGGCCAAGGAAAUCCUGCACCUGCAACACUCUGGGCACCAUCAACAAUGAAGGCUGCAAUGUCAUCAGUGGUGAGUGUGCCUGCAAGCGUUUCGUGAUUGGCCGUGACUGCAACCAGUGUCUGCCACAGCACUAUGGCCUCUCAGAGCACCCUGACGGCUGCCAGCCCUGCAACUGUGACCCUGGCGGUGCCCUGGACAACAACUGUGAUGUACUGAAUGGACAGUGCAAGUGCCGCCCUCAUGUGUCCGGCCGUAGGUGUGACAUGCCGGAGGAGGGUUACUAUGUGGCUGCUCUGGACUACCUCACUUAUGAAGCUGAACUUGCCCGAGGCUCAGAGCUUUAUUGUGAGGAAGCAAGUCUGUUUGGCAUCAGAUCAGCCGGCGGAAGAAACUGCCAGGUGGUGAUGAGGGCACUGGACGGACGGGAAGCCACCUGGACGGGGCUGGGCUUCAUGCGGGUGUUUGAAGGAUCCUACCUCGAGUUUGACAUUGAGAACAUCGAGACCAGCAUGGACUAUGACUUUGUGAUCCGCUACGAGCCACAGUUCCGAGGCAACUGGGAGAAUGUGAUGGUAACUAUUGAGCGCCCCGGCCCUCUGGACCCCAACGGCCCCUGUGCCAACACUCGGCCCACUGACGACCAGAUGGUGAUCAACCUGCCCGACAGUCGCCGCCACGUGAAGCUCUUCCCACCAGUCUGCCUGGAGGCUGGCAAGCACUACAAGGUCAGGAUAGACUUCAGGAGGUCCAACGCCCACACAGACUCCCCAUCGGCAUCUGUCCUCAUUGACUCUAUUGUUCUUGUUCCCCGGGUGGACAGCAUCAGCUUCUACUCUGGCUCACUGAUAAACGACAACCGGCGUCAGGAGUAUGAGCGCUACCGGUGCAGCGAGACCUUCUACGAGGGACAGAGCCUUGCCAGUGUGCCAGAGGUGUGCAAGGAGCACCACCUGGACAGCAUUGGCUUCCUGGUGUAUGGACAGGCUUACUCUUGCCAAUGUGAUGGCACCGGCAGCAAGAGCAGCAUCUGCAGCUCCCUGGGCGGCCAGUGUGAGUGCAAGACCAACGUUGUAGGUCGCCGGUGUGACCACUGUGCUCCUGGCACCUACGGCUUUGGCCCUGAGGGCUGCAAGGUGUGCGACUGUAGCCCUGUGGGUGCCCUGGAUAACUUCUGUAACCAGCAGACUGGUCAGUGUAAGUGCCGCCCCAACACAUAUGGCCGCCAGUGCAACGAGUGCCAGCCUGGGUUCUGGAACUUCCCGAACUGCCAGCGCUGUCAAUGCAACGGCCAUGCUGACACCUGCGACUCCUACACCGGCGUGUGCCGUGAGUGCCGGGACAACACCAGUGGCACCAACUGUGAUGUGUGUGUGGAGGGCUUCUAUGGUGACCCCAGGCUGGAGGUGGGCAUUGCCUGCCGCCCCUGCCCCUGCCCAGGAACUGCUGACUCGGGCCACAGCUUUGCAGACCGUUGCACCCUUGAUCCGCGCACCAAGGAUGUGGUGUGUGAGUGUGCUGAGGGAUAUGCUGGAUCACGUUGUGAUGUGUGUGCUGACAACUACUUUGGUGACCCCGAGGUGCCUGGGGGCCAAUGCCAAUCCUGCGACUGCAACAACAACAUCGACAUCUCCAGGCCUGGCAACUGUGAUGAGCGGACAGGCGAGUGCCAGCGGUGCCUCUUCAACACAUUUGGCUUCCACUGUGAGAGGUGCCAGCCUGGGUAUUAUGGAGAUGCUCUCAACCAGGAGUGCCGUGAGUGUGUGUGUAACUUGCUGGGCACCAACCAGACCAUUGGUGCCUGUGACCAUGAGACUGGCCAGUGCCCAUGUCUGCCCAAUGUGUUGGGGCUGGAGUGUGACCACUGUGCCACGAGCCACUGGAAGAUUGCCUCCGGGAAUGGCUGUGAGGCGUGUGCGUGUGACCCCAUUGGCUCCUACUCUGACCAGUGCAAUGAGCACGAGGUGUGGCAGUCAAGAUCCGCUUUUGAUGGACAGUGCCAGUGCCGGCCUGGCUUUGGUGGGCGGCAGUGCAACCAGUGUGAGACAAACUAUUAUGGCGACCCUCGUAUUGAGUGCCUGUCUUGUAAUUGCAACCGUGAAGGCUCAGAAACCCUGCAGUGCAACCAUGAGACUGGCCGGUGUGAGUGUCGGGAAGGAAUUGGUGGAGACAAGUGUGACGAGUGUGCUCGUGGCUACACUGGCCAAGCGCCAUACUGCCAGCCGUGUGGAGAGUGCUUUGACAAUUGGGACAUCAUCCUCACUGAGCUGAAAGAGCGCACCCAGGGCCUCAUAGCUGCUGCUGGGGAGAUCAAGCAGACGGGAGCCACUGGAGCAUACAGCCACGAGUUUGAGUCCAUGGAGGAGAAGAUUGAAGAUGUGAGGGACAUUCUCCUCUCUGCCAACCUGACCUCGCAGAGUUUGGCUUCUCUUAAGGAACUCAUUGCUGAACUCAGUGCAAACCUGACGGCAGCCUCACUGAACCUUGAGGAGCUGGAGCAAGGCAUUGACAACACCACCCAGAGGAAAGCACUGGCCACCAAUGCUCUGGCUGACCUGCGUGUCCAGGCUGAGGAACUGAGGGAUGAAGCCGGGGACAUGAAGGCCAAAGCAACCAAGCUUCAGGAGAGGAAUGUGGAGGGUGCACUUAACUUGACCCGACAUGCUGGCGAACGCUCCCUUGCCGCUCAGGACAAAGUGGGGCUCACAGAGGUCAUCAUCUCUGAGUCUGAGAGGAACAGGCGCCGCACAGAGACCCUCCUGUUGCAUGUGGGUGACUCCUUCAACCGCACUCAGGCAGAGAACGAGGCCAAGCUGGCAGACCUGAGUGGCCUGCUGGAUGGUGUGGAGGACGGCAUACCAGACCUCAAUGAGCACGUGUGUGACCAUCGCGGCGACCCUUGUGAUGCCCUGUGUGGUGGUGCUGGCUGUGACAAGUGUGGCGGACUCUCCUGCAAUGAGGGCCUGGUCAACAUUGUCGACCUGGCGCUCACAUUUGCCGAGGAUGCUGAGACGGAACUCAAGAAGAAGGAGGCCUCGGCCGAUGAACACCUGCGGGGCGUGUCAGGAGCCAAGCGGCAAUCAGAUGUGGCGUUUGACCUGGCCAAGAUGGCAUUUGACCUCACCCUCCAAGGCCUCAAUGUCUCCAGCACCUACAAAGCCGAGAUCAACAAACUCCUGGAGGAGAUUGAGGAGUACUUCAGUACUCCCGGCUCCAGCCCCAAUGAGAUCAAGCAGCUGGCAGAACAGGUUCUUGCACUCGACAUCUCCCUCAGGCCGGAGCAAAUCACAGUCUUGGCUGAGCGAAUCACUCUCACCAUUGAGUCACUGACAGACAUCGACACCAUCAUCGACGCCACGAGGAAUGACCUGGCCCUUGCUCAGCGGCUCAAAGAGCGCGCAGACCAGGCCAAGGAGAGGGCAGAGGGUGCACUGGGAGUAGCGGAGCGUGUGGUGGAGGCCCUUAAGGAGGCUGGCACUGCCCAGUCAGGUGCUGAGACUGCCAUCAUGGAUGCCAGUGAUGACAUUGGGGCCACUCAGAAUCACCUCACACAGAUCACCAGUGAGACUAGUGUGGCACAGGAGAGAGCCAACAAUUCCUUGCGAGAAGUGCAGUUGCUGGAGAUACGUGUGGAGCAGGUGAAGGCGGAGUACCAGCUCAACCAGCGCCAUCUGGAGGACACCAACAAUGCCGUGGACCAGGCGGACCUCAAGGCCAAGAAGGCGGCCAAUGACGCCAGGCUGCUGGAGGACAAAUACCUGACUGUGGUGAACUUGUUGAGUGAGAAAUCCACAGCGGCUGGGGAUGCCAGGAGAAGGGCUGAGGAGCUGAAGAAUAGCGCAAACAAGUUGGCUUUUGAGGCUCAACUCAAGCUCCAUGCUCUGAGAGACAUUGAGACAAACUUCAAGACCAACGAGGGCUUGCUACUGGACUACGAGAAAGUCAUCCAGGCCAUGGAGGAGGACAUGACGGAAUACAAUGAGUACAUCCUUCAGAAGACUGAGUUUUAUGCUGUGUGCCAGUCAGGGAGGCGCUGAGGUAUGGUGGUUGGCAGAGGCAGCCCACCACUUGCAGGUUGUGGCCAACAGUUUAUAGUCUACACUUAACCCUCUGAAUGCCUAUCACUGAAUGACACAUCCUAAUUUAUUUGAAUAACCUGACACAAUUUCACUGAGCAAAAAAAUAACUACAGGCACUAAAGGUUUGAAUUAUACCACCACCUCUUUUGUUGUCAGUGUCGUCUCUCAAAACUGUAAACCUGCACCACAACAUUUCAGCUUGAGGAGGAACGGUGGCAGUCAGAGGGUUAAUACACAGUGUGCAGAUACACAAAACAGAACAGUAAAUAUUGUGCAGUUGACUCUGAAGUGUCUGUGCAAGAGAAUAACAGUAAUAAUUCUCAAAUGGCAAAAAGAACAGUGCUGUAUGUUUGUACAUGUGUAAUAUUUAGCUUUUUAUACACAAGAAAUCCCACAAAAUUUAUUGAAGAAGAAUGAUAAUACUACAGAUUAUACUUGGGCUGCUCAAAAUGUAUGUUUCCAGCCAGGUAUCCAGUCCUGUGUGCCUUUGCUAACAGACAUGUUCACUCAUGUUUCAGACCCAUUCACACUCUGUACUCUGUGUGUGUGUGUGUGUGUGUGUGUGUGUGUGUGUGUGUGUGUGUGUGUGUGUGUGUGUGUGUGUGUGUGUGUGUGUGUGUAGUAUGAAUGGUGACACUCCCUUUCCAGCCCAACACAAGGCAGGGAGUAGGAAGUGCCUGUUUGUCAGUCUGUGGUUGAAGAUUAAACAAAGGGAUAGAGUGUUGAAUCUUUAUUUUUAUUUAUUUGUUUAACUUCUUGCAGUAUGAUGAUGAGUAGUGUUUAGUGGCACAAUUUUUUGGUUACAUCUUUGCUCUUCGACUUUUCCUUGUUUGGUUGUAACAAGUCGUGUCUGUAAUGCUGUAGUGCCUUUAGUCUUCAGUAGCCUCACCCUGGGCUUAGAGACUCAUUGAAAUAUUAAACUCAUCACUGUAAGUUUGAGAAUCAGAAAAUAUAAAAAUUCUACCAUUCUUGUUGUGCCAAAAUAUCUUAACCACAAAAAAAUUUUAAUAGAUGUUAGCUGAUAUUUGAGAUUGUAUUUGAAGGGGAGAGUAAAUACAUUAAUUAUUACUAAAUCUUAGACUUAGUGUUAAGGAGAGAAAGUGUUUCAUAAAGAGAACAAUGAUGUGUACUAAAAUCUUUUCCUCCUGGUCAAGCAGAGGAAAUGUUAUCGCUUGAGACGUUAGUUGUCUCUGUGCCAAAGGUUAACCCGCACUGCGAGUGAACCCAAACCUUUUGUGUAGAUUGUUAGACACUGCCACAUACCAAAGUCUCAGUGCUUGUAAUAUAAUGAUGACAGCAUGAUAGUGUCCUUUAUACCAUUUUGUUUCUCUCUGAUGUUUUCCUUCCACAGCAAAAUAACCAGCUAUUAACUAGUCCAUGCUGUCAGUGCUGUACAUACACUAAUGUUAGCAUCAAGUUGACAUGCAUCUUUAUUGUGGGUUGAUUUUAGGACGUCCUCUCAGGCUUGCUGUGUGCCAAUCCUGUGUUCUCCCUGGCUUGCAUUGAAUCACUUAGUGGGGAUGUGAGGUGCAGCUGCAUCAGGAAGGAAAUAUGAGUGGCUGGCUAUCAAUAAGAAAACUUCCUUAAUCAAAUUUACCUGCUAACUCCUAUGCAAUUAGAAUAAUGUAUGAUGAUAAGAUUGUACAAAAUAAGCUAACACCUUAAUAAUAUAUACAAUUUUUUGCAUUGUGUAUUGCAUUGGACACAUCUGUUAGUUACAAGUAUACAUAGCAGUUAAGGAUGUCAUAGGUUAUCUGUUACAUGUACUCGGUCCAUAAUGUGCUCUCACACCCCUUAUAAAUAAAUUUCCUUAUCUUGUAAGAAAAA